CUUUAACUCGUGACCUAGAUGGCCCGCUCCGAAACCUCGCCGGGACUCACGAGAAGAAUCCGGGAAGCGAAGGGGUGCCACAUCUACUACUACUACUACUACUACUCCUACCCAGAAUGCAAUGGCGCAGACACCACUCAAACUCGCAGUAUACGGCAGCCAUGUCUUCUAACAGACGUUGCUGUGACGCUCUUUUAAGACUACCACGCGCUUGCUUCGGAUUUGGUACUCUUGCUCUGACAGCAGGGCUGUGCUGGCGGUGCUACUACCACUGCUGCUAUGUGUGCUACUCUCGGUGAGUCGGACGUCUGCUAGGAUAUCACCAGUCUUCCAUUUUAAUAAUCGUAGGCCACCUAUGUCUGAGGCGCAGAAUGAGACAGGGGGCCCAGUGCCCCUCAUGCCUCCACCGAUGCCGGAUCUCAGUCAUCUGACCCCCGAAGAGAGGGAGAUCAUAGAAAAUGUCAUAUCGAGGCAGAAAAAAGAAGAAGAGAAGGAAAUGGAAAUUCUGAGGAAGAAACAGGAUGAAGUCCGACUCCUUGAGACGGCAAUCCGCAUGAGGAAUGAAGAGCAGCGGAGGAAAGGUAUCGAAUUAGACGCUACUUGCCAAAUCUGCCUAAAAACUAAGUUCGCUGAUGGCAUAGGUCAUGUCUGCAAUUAUUGUAACGUACGUUGCUGUGCACGGUGUGGUGGCAAAGUUUCUCUUAGGUCAAAUAAGGUUAGUGAAUGCUUUCAAGAAAAGCUGCAGUUAUUAUAA